UCAAGCUUUCGCCUGAUGCAGACCAUGAUAUUUACUAUCGAAGAAAUAAACCAGAGUAAAACUCUACUUCCGAAUAUUACUCUGGGAUAUGAGAUCUACGACGACUGCUCGAUGUCCGCUAUAGCUCUGAAAGCAGCGUUGGCUUUGGUGAACGGAAAGCAAGAACGAAUCGAGUAUCCCGAAUGUAAAGGUUCCUCUAAUGUUGCAGCUAUUAUUGGCUGCGACAUAUCCACGUCAUCCAUAGCAGCCGCAACGACAAUUGGAACGUUCAGAAUCCCAAUGGUUAGUUAUUUGUCUACUUGCUCUUGUCUGAGCGAUAAGCAAGAAUAUCCGACUUUCUUUAGAACGAUACCAAGCGACAAAUAUCAGUCCAAACUUCUUGCGGAACUUGUGAAAAUGUUUGGCUGGAAUUGGAUUGGGACAGUUAGAAGCAACACAGAUUAUGGGAAUUUUGGGAUGAGAAACUUUAUCGAAGAGGCCCAAAAAAAAGGGAUUUGCAUCGCGUACUCUGAAUCGUUUUACAGAACCGAUCCCACUGAGAAAAUCAGGAAAAUUGUUCAGGUGAUCAAAAAGGCUACCACAAAGGUUGUGGUUGGGUUUCUGCAUGGCGGAGAUAUGCGAGUGUUAAUUAAAGAGAUUUUGCACCAAAAUAUAACGGGAAUACAGUGGAUUGGAAGUGAGGGUUGGGUUACAGAAGAUAUAUUCUCACCAGAAGAAAGAGGAAGUUUUCUCAUUGGGGCCAUUGGUCCAACAACCCAGAGGACAGAAAUAGCCGGUCUCAGAGAAUAUCUACUGAAAAUACACCCUUCUAGGUUUCCUGACGGCACUUUUGUGAAGACGUUCUGGGAAUCUCUAUUCUCGUGCAGUUUAACAAACGGCGACACGACAAUGACUGGGAGUUCUGCAAGUAAAUUGCGGCCAUGUACCGGGAAUGAACAUUUAAAUGGGCUAGAAAAUGCCUACCUUCCAGCGAUAAUGGAUGGAAAUUCCUACCAUGUGUAUAAAGCAGUAUAUGCAGUCGCUCAUGCACUUGAUGAUAUGCAGUCCUGUGAAGAAGGAAAUGGUCCCUUUAUGAAUAACAGCUGUGCUCACAUUUCAAACUUUGAGCCCUGGCAGCUGCUGCAUUACUUACAGUCAGUCAACUUCACUGCUCAGAAUGGGGAAAUUGUGCAUUUUGAUGCAAAUGGUGAUCCAAUCCCAACGUAUGAAAUAGUAAAUUUACAAAUGAAUUUGGAAGGCUCAGUUGAAGUUGUAAACAUUGGAUAUUACGAAGGUUCAGCACCGGAGGGACAAGAACUUGCCAUGGACAUCGGAGAUGUCGUGUGGAGCUCCACUGGAAAGCAGAUUCCACGUGCCCUUUGCUCAGAACCUUGUCCUCCCGGGACAAGAAAAGUCAGUAAGAAAGGCCAGCCAAUGUGUUGUUUUGACUGCGCAGAGUGCGCCGAUGGUGAGAUCAGCAACACGACAGAUUCCACCGAUUGCCUGAGGUGUCCUUUGGAAUACUGGUCGAAUGAGCAAAAAGAUCGUUGUCUUCCCAAGAAGAUUGAAUUUCUUUCCUUCCAGGAGCUUCUUAGCUAUGUAUUAGUGGCACUUGCUAUAAUGGGAGUGUGCCUUGCAUUGUGUACCGCUGCUAUAUUCUUCCAGUUUCGGGAAACGCCUCUCGUUCGAGCGAACAACUCGGAGUUGAGCUUCCUACUUCUCUUUGCGCUAACUCUUUGCUUCCUGUGCUCACUUACCUUCAUUGGGAAACCAACGAGAUGGUCCUGCAUGUUGCGGCGGACUGCGUUUGGAAUUGUGUUUGUUCUGUGUAUUUCCUGUAUUUUGGGGAAAACCAUUCUUGUCGUGAUCGCUUUUAAAGCAACUCUUCCCACCAACAAUUUGAUGAGCUGGUUUGGACCGAUGCAGCAACGGUUAGGAGUAUUCGGCCUCACAUUUCUUCAAGGGUUAAUUUGCACGAUCUGGCUCAUUGUAUCACCUCCAACUGCAGUGAAAAACAUGACCUAUUACAGAGAUAUCAUAAUUUUAGAAUGUGAUGUGGGCUCUUUAAAAGCCUUUUAUUUGGUGUCCAGCUAUAUUGGUCUUUUAUCCGCAAUGUGCUUCCUGCUAGCGUUUCUUGCCCGGAAACUUCCUGAUAAUUUCAACGACGCGAAGUAUAUAACUUUCAGUAUGCUGAUCUUCUGUGCUGUUUGGAUCACUUUUAUUCCAGCUUAUGUCAGCUCCCCUGGAAAGUACACGGUGGCUGUCGAAGUGUUUGCUAUUUGGGCGUCAAGCUUUGGUUUGCUUGUCUGCAUUUUUGCUCCGAAGUGUUACAUUAUCUUACUGAAACCGAAGAAUAACACAAAGAGAAACAUGAUGUAUAAAGGGUCUUCACUGUAA